CGAAGCAAGGAUUGCAUUAGGAAUGUUGGCAGUCGAUCGUUUUCUUCCACUGUGCGCAGACAGGGGGUGGGGUGCCCAGCAAAAACUGGGAGGAGAAAGAGCGAGAGAAAAAAGGGGGGGAAUUGGGAAUAUUCUUUGUCCUUACCCCGCAGUUCAACACGCAACUGGAGAAAGGCUCCACGCAGGAAAAGAAAAACUGGAUGGCUUGAUAGUAAGAGCAGCAGUGCUUUUUCUAAAUAAAGAGAAAACGAAGGAAAAGCUCUCGUAUUGAACUUUGAGGAGACGUCAGGCGAAAGCAGAGGACCAAAAAAAAUCACAUCUUUAAGGUUUGAGAGGUCUCCUCUUGUUCCAGAGUCAAGAUGAGCUGGAGCUUCCUUACACGCCUGUUGGAUGAGAUUUCCAAUCACUCCACCUUUGUGGGCAAAAUCUGGCUUACGCUCCUCAUUGUCUUUCGCAUUGUGCUAACGGCUGUUGGGGGCGAGUCGAUUUACUAUGAUGAACAGAGUAAAUUUGUGUGUAACACACAGCAACCUGGUUGUGAGAAUGUGUGCUACGACGCAUUUGCGCCGCUUUCACACAUUCGCUUUUGGGUGUUUCAGGUGAUAAUGAUCACCACCCCUACCAUCAUGUACCUGGGCUUUGCUAUGCAUAAAAUUGCCCGCAUGGAUGACAAUGAUUAUCGGCCACAGAGAAGGAAAAGGAUGCCGAUAGUGAGCCGCGGUGCCAACAGGGACUACGAGGAAGCAGAGGACAAUGGGGAGGAGGACCCUAUGAUUCUGGAAGAGAUAGAGCCAGAAAAGGAAAAGGAAGCUGUGGAGAAGCCAACCAAAAAGCAUGAUGGACGCCGUCGCAUCAAGCGUGAUGGCCUGAUGAAGGUCUAUGUGUUUCAGCUGCUGUCACGUGCUGUCUUUGAGGUCUCGUUUCUGUUUGGACAGUAUGUCCUUUAUGGGCUGGAAGUGGCACCGUCGUAUGUAUGCACUCGCUCUCCUUGUCCACACACAGUGGACUGCUUUAUCUCGCGCCCUACGGAGAAAACAAUCUUCCUGCUCAUCAUGUAUGCCGUCAGCGCUCUGUGUCUGCUCUUUACCGUGUUGGAGAUCCUUCACCUUGGUGUCAGCGGCAUUCGAGACUGCUUCUGCGUACCACGUCCUCGGCCUCCCACCCCCCGUCACCCAGCUUUGGCCAGCCAGAGGUCCUCCAUUUGUCGCCAGCCCUCUGCACCACCAGGCUACCACACGGCUCUGAAGAAGGACCCAUCGGGCAAAAUGGGCUUCAGGGAUAAUCUGGGAGACUCGGGUCGCGAGUCGUUUGGGGAUGAGGCUUCGUCAAGGGAGCUAGAGAGGCUGCGUAGACACCUAAAACUUGCUCAGCAGCAUCUAGAUAUGGCUUACCAGAAUGAGGAGGGCAGCCCGUCACGCAGCAGCAGCCCAGAGUCCAACGGCACUGCAGUUGAGCAAAAUAGACUAAACUUUGCCCAGGAGAAGCAGAGCAGUACAUGUGAAAAAGGUCUCCGCGCAUAGAUUCUCACCAGCCCAGCUGACACGAGAUUAAUGUUCACAUCAGGAUCAGAAAAUUGACAUAAGGGAAUCAAAGUGUAUGCGAGUGUGUGUGUGUGUGUGCUUGAGGUGGAUGAAGUCAGCCCAAGCCGCCCAGUGUUAAGGCCAGUUGCGGACGAGCAUCAAGUCAGACGGUCGUCUCAAACCAGCAAUACUUGAGACACCAGCCUGUCUGAAGAUCCAAAGUGCUUACAAACUACCGUCAUGCAGCAAGAACAGAUAAGGUUAACACGUACAUUUCCCUCAGGGCAGCUAUUCUUUCUUUCUUUUUUUUUUUUUAGAUUUUUAUUAUGAGAUUUAGAACUAUUAGUCAUUUUCAAAGAGUUUGUCCUCUGUUGGAAGUUCACAGUGAAUGCAUCUCAAGUUUGCCUUAGACCUAAACUGGAACUCUGUUUUAUGACAUUUUGUGAAGGUAAAGCCAAGCCAGUUGUAGUGGGGGAAAAACGUGUUUAAACUGUAAGAAUCUUGUGCUUAGUGAGGAAGUGAAUCAGUGGGUGUGUGCUGUACAUGCAAGCAAAACGUCAACAGACAAGGCAUCACUCAUUAAAGAAAGGUACUGGAGUUACUGUCAUGCUGAUAAAGACUUUCUGAGGUGUUGAUUUUCACACAAAGGUUUUUUUUUUCUCAAUCGUUUUGACAAUGUUGGCAUUGCACCAGUCAACAUUCCCAAGUCUGGUGCCUCGAUGGUAACAGGAACACACUUGGGGUGCCUUUGUCCAAAGGAAUAAACAAACCUGGGUAAUGCUUGAAAAAAAAAACAUGUAACUCUUGAUAUCGUCUCGUAAUGUUUAAACGUGUAUUUGAUACUGUUCUUUAUUUUUGUAUUAGUUUUGAGUAUCGUGGUAUUGAAAAGAGACUCUGUCACUGUGGCUUAUGUUUUGAUUUUAAAAGAAAGGACAUUCACUGCUGUCUUAGCGCCCUGAAACCACAUUCAGUCCUUUGCUGCAUUCUGAAAAUGGUUCGGUACAAUUUGAGUUUGAGUGCAACACUUUAUUUUUAAUAAUACCUACAGCUUAGUUUGUUAUUUACAUGUUGUCUUUGGCCUUUAAAGACCUAAAUUGAAUUGUUUCCGUUAAAUAAGGGUAACACUAUCUCUCGUGUUUUGUGUUUGAAAGUGCUGACUUUUGGACUAGUGCUGUCACUGCUCCAGAGUCUCAGUGAGGGUUGUAAACCAUGUAAUAUGCAUUUCAAUGUGAAUUCAAUGCCUUGAAUGCGCUCUACUAAGAUGCCAUCUUUUGUAUUCUGAAUCAUACCCACAGUGCCAGCUCAAAUGUUGUCAUCUCAAGUUAUUUUUUGAGCAAUGCUUUUUGUACUUUUUAUACUUUUUGUAUUGAUAGUACUUUGUGGUUAGUUUUUAAAAUAAAUUUUUUUCAACAAA